AUGACUCAGCCAGUAGAUAACUCUAUACUGACCAUUACUCCUGCUAUUAAAGAAAACAAACAAACCACUAGGACUCACCAACAACCUUCAAUAGCAUCGCGCAGGAACAGCUUCGAUAUUGAUCUAGAAGAUGGUCCAUUAUUUCGAGCUACCAUAAAAGAGCAUGAAGGAAAAACCAACACUCUAAAAGGUCAUUUAAAGCGUAUCUUAAAAGCCGCCCAAGCUUUGUCAGACACCAAAUAUCACCUUUUAGAACAAGAUCGAUUAUUUAUUGAGGCAUUACGAGAGGCUCCAUUUACUGAGCCGUUAUUCACUCACUAUCUGGACUUUACAUGGGAAAAAUUACAUGAACAGCAAGAGCGAUUGUAUAUCUGUAUGCAGAAUAUUCUGAUUGAUCCACUGCAAAAGUUAUAUGAAAUGGAUAUCAAGUCGGUCGAUACCAAGCGUAAACGAUUCGAAGAAGUUAGCAAAGACUAUUAUUCAGCUUUGGCAAAGUAUCUUAGCAAAAAGGCUAUCAACGAUGCACCUACAUCAGCCCCACUUCCUUCUGGAAGCUUAUCGACUACUAAAAAUAGUGUUUCUACAGCUCAGCAAAAUAGUGCCAACGGCAUGACAUACCAUACAACUAUAGCAACUACUAGUAAAAGUUUAAGGCAAAAAAGGAACAAAAGAGCUGAAUUUGAAUUCAAUUUGAAGAAGAGCGAGUUUGAUCUGGUGCGCUUUGAAUACUAUUCAUUUCUGCGAGAUUUGCAUGGAGGCAAAAAAGAACAAGAAAUACUCUAUCACCUAUUAAACCAUCAUGAAAAACAAUAUUCCUAUUUUCAGUCCGUUGGAAAAAUAUUAGAGCCUCACAAAAAAGGUUUAGAAACCCUUGCCCGUAUGAUAGCCGAAGCCUCCAAAGAGCAGAAAUUAUUGAAUCAAGAACGAGACGAAAUCAGGAAAGCUUUAACUUCCAAGAAUUUCAGUAACAAUAACGCCAGUGACACUUCGAAUAGUAGUGGUAUCAAUAAACAAGAGCCAAAGAGAAAGUCCUUCAUGAGGUCUAUCUCUCCACCUCUGAGUUCAAUGACAGUUUUAGCCUUUCCCAAAGUAGAUGAUGGUCUUGCCUCAGCAUCUUCACCUACUUCACCAGAAAUAACGCAAACUGGACAGCCUUUCUUCGCUGAUUAUAAUACAUCAACAAAUAGUAUUGUUGACAGUAGCAGUAAUAACAUCGACAGUUCGAAACAAAGCCAAAGCGAUAAAUUCAAAGGUAUACGCGACUUGGAGCAACAAGAUCAUUCAUUGCUUAAUUCAGCGGGUCGAAAAAAAGAAGGUUUUCUCUUCGCCACGUCGAAGCCUAUCAAAAAUAUUAAAAAUAACGUCAACUCCUCGAUCGAAAAUGUUACAUGGCAUAAGUAUUGGUGCGUAGUAAGCGGUGGUCAAUUACAUGAACAUUCCAAGUGGAAAAAGCAUUUGGAAACACAUUUAGAACCCAUUGAUCUCAGGUUCGCCACUGUUCGCAAAAAUAGGAAUGUGGAACGGCGUUUUUGCUUUGAAGUGAUCACUCCUAAAUUCAAGCGGCUGUAUCAGGCAACCUCGGAAGAAGAAUUACAAAGCUGGAUAGCCACAAUUAACAAUGCCAUCAACAGCUUAUUAAAUGAGACGUCAGGCACUUCAGCCUAUUUUGAACGGCUUAAUGAAACGUCGAAGAAGUCGUGGAAACAAACUGCUUCUUUCAGUGGCGCUCUCAGCGGUUUAGCAGCAGCGAAGAAGAAAUAUCUAAAAAAGCGCAGCGAUAGCAGCAGUACGAAAAGAAGGGUCGUUUAUCAAUAUCCUAAUUCUCAAUAUCCUGCUUCUCCUUCAUCAGCUCCUCCUCUGGCUUGUUUAUUCGAUCAGAAUGAGGCUUUGUCAUUGGAUUCUUCAAUGUACAAGUCCAAAUCGUUGGCUGUUGUUAAUUCUCAACGAGUUUCGGACAGAAGUAGCAAAGAACAAAAUAAAUUAUUAGAACUGUUACAGGAAGAUCCAUCAAACCAUGAAUGUGCUGAUUGUUCCGCUAAAGACCCCAAAUGGUGUUCCAUAAACUUAGGAAUAUUAUUAUGCAUUGAAUGUUCAGGUAUCCACAGAAGUCUAGGUACUCACAUAUCUAAAGUGAGGUCACUUACACUUGACACCUUAUCGUUCACACCGGAAAUUACUCAAUUAAUGCUAUCCUUGGGAAAUGCCAAAUCAAACGAAAUCUGGGAAGCUGAGCUAUUCCAAAACACGACUACAGAAGCAGAAGUCAAUACAGUUGCACAAAAACCUAUGCCUACCUCUUCCAGGGAUACUAAAUUGGCAUACAUACAACUAAAAUAUGUGACUAAAGCUUUCGUUACGCAAACAGAAAGCAUAGACCCGAUGGAAAUACUUUACGAUGCCAUAGCAGACGAUGAUAUUUCUUUGGCUAUGUAUGCCAUUGCCAUAGGUGCUGACGUUAACAAACCUUUCCCAGCUUCAUGUUACAGUACACAUUCUCCUAUUUCUUUGCUAAGCCCUUCUAACAAAAAGCAGCCCUCUUUCAUCACUUUACCGUCCUUCGAUGCAGAUGGUAAUGUCAAAGGUACUAUCAGCGUUCCUUAUCCUUCUAUCCCACUUGACGCUCCUGAAGGUAUAGAUAUCGAUACUUUCUUUGUAAGAUACCCGUUGCAUUUAGCAUUAAUAGACUUUGAAGAUCAAAAGUCGUACCCUAUGGCGGAAUUCCUACUUUUAAAUGGAGCCAGUGUCACCGCUUUGGAUGAAGCUGCAUCAGGUUGUCGAUUGGGUGAUUUAAUUGCCUAUGGAGAGUUGAUAGAAGAUAAUGCUAUAGCAUUUUUGAACAACAAAAAUAGCCUAAGAGGGGAUUCGCUGAUUAAAAGAACCAGCACAAUUGCUCCUACCACAACUUAA